UGGAGGUGCUUGCUUGCAGAAAUACAGGGAACCAGUGCUGAUAAUAUCCCGCAGGCGAAUAGGGUACACCUUGCGCCUCAUAGCGCAAUUUUUGUCCGGUGCUAUUUUGUAUCUAAUCUCCGAGGGUGCUGUCAUCCAGGAAGGAUUUGGAUACUAUUUAGUGAGCGUGCUCCGCCUAAUGUGAGUUUUUCGUCCACGACUUGAAACAAGAACAAAAGCAAUGGGAGCAUUUGGAGUGAUAAUAUGGAUUUUACAUUAUAUGGGACUCUAUAUUCAGUUUAACGCCGCAUACAAACCGACUGUGCGAACCGAGGUGGACAAUCAUAUAUCUGGAAAUGCUCUCUUCACGGAGGUCCCUCAUGACACCACAACGCAUAGCGGUCAGGAUGUGGAGAUGGCCUGUUCAUUCCGGGGGGCGGGGCCCUCCUACUCCCUGGAGAUCCAGUGGUGGUACAUGAAGAACCACAGAGACUGGCCAGAGAAACCCGCCUGGACCUCCAAUCAGGUGGUGCCAAUGGAGGAGAUGUCUAAGGAUGCCACCAAAAUAAGUGUGGUGAAAGUGGCUGGGAGCAACAUCUCCCACAAGCUCCGCCUCUCCAGUGUCAAGCAGUCAGACGAGGGCACAUACGAGUGCCGUGUCAUCGACUUCAGCGGCAGCGUUGCGCAGCACCACCGCGUCCGGGCCUACCUCCAGGUGGAAGCCGAGAGAUGGCUGGGUCACGGGUCAGCAGACACCCAGCCCCAGGAGCCCCGACACAAGGGACAGGGGAGCCAGGUGCACCCCCACCAAACAGAGGACCGGGAACUGAAGAGGCGAUCGGCCGAUGACAGCACCACGGACUGCACUGAGAGCUGUGUGCUCUAGAGUCUGGUUCUGUGUCCAGAUAGGAAUAACAGGAGUGCAUGUUCCCAAUUAUCUUAAGAAGGAUGAUUAUUUUUACACCAGCAGAGGCCUGGACAAAAACUGCUUAAUUUAUGUUAAAUUUAUGAAUCGAUUUGUUUGGUUGUUUGUUAAUCUGAGAUUUGUUUAUGUUUGUUUGAAUUCGGGUUGUCAUAGACCACCAGAGGGCAUGAUCGUGUUGUCUUGGUUCUUAAAUGUAAUGUUAUUUCACAUCGCCUUUGUUAAAUGCUUUGUCCAUGAUUUCUGACUCUGGAGUUGUGAUGGUUGAAGAUGAGGUUGUCGUUGGGUGGAAAGGAUGCAGGGAAGGCCUGUAUCUCAAUAGUAUGAAGUAUCUUCCUUCCUUUGUCUCCUUUCCUUAAUAAGCACUGAUCUGAAAUUAAUGGAAAGGACAAAGCAAUAUAUACCCUAGGGCUCUUGAGUGGCGCAGCAGUCUAAGGCACUGCUUCUCAGUGAUAGAGAUGUCACUACAGACCCUGGUUCGAUUCUAGGCUGUAUCACAACUGGCUGUGAUUGGGAGUCCCAUAGGGCGGUGCACA